AUGAGUUCGAAGAAGGUUCCGUACCACAAGCAUCGGGAGGCUGAGGAGGCGAGGAAGAAGAGGGAGGAAGAUGAAGCUGCGCGUGUAUAUGCGGAAUUUGUUGAGUCCUUCAAAGGUGAUAGCUCAUCUGGGGCUAAGUUUGUCCGAGGUGGUGUGAUCGACCCCAAUGCAAAGCUGAAGACUGAUUCAGAAGGUGGAAAGUCCAAAGAUGGGGGGUCUGUUCCAAAGAAGGGCAGUAGGUACGUCCCAUCCUUCUUGCCACCAUCAUUUGCGAAAGAACCUGAGAAAAAGAAGGAAGAGGAGAGGCCAAAGGAAAAGGAAAAAGGAAAGCCACGAGUAAUAGAUAAAUUCUUGGAGGAACUUAAGUUUGAACAAGAGCAACGGAAAAAGCGCAGUCAGGAUCGAGAUCACCGCCAUGAAGGUCGUCACAGCGAUAGCUCCAUGCCCUCUAGCCGGUUUGAUGAACUACCAGAUGAAUUUGAUCCGACUGGAAGAUUUCCAGGAUCAUUUGAUGAUGGUGAUCCUCAAACCACCAACUUAUAUGUUGGCAAUCUAUCUCCUAAGGUCGAUGAGAAUUUUCUUUUGAGGACCUUUGGUCGGUUUGGACCUAUUGCUAGUGUCAAGAUUAUGUGGCCUAGAACAGAAGAGGAACGCAGAAGGCAAAGAAAUUGUGGUUUUGUUGCCUUCAUGAAUAGAACAGACGGACAGGCAGCAAAGGAUGAGAUGCAAGGUGUUGUUGUGUAUGACUAUGAACUGAAGAUUGGAUGGGGUAAAUCUGUUGCUCUUCCAUCACAGGCUUUGCCUGCUCCUCCUCCAGGACACAUGGCAAUCAGAAAUAAGGAGGGUGGUACAGUCAUACUUUCUGGUCCUGGCGGCCCUGCUGUUGCAUGUGUUACACCACAGACCUCAGAGCUGGUCCUUACACCAAAUGUUCCUGAUAUUGUGGUUGCUCCACCUGAUGAUGGACGUCUUCGGCAUGUGAUUGACACAAUGGCUCUGCACGUACUUGAUGGUGGAUGUGCUUUUGAACAAGCUGUAAUGGAGAGAGGGCGAGGAAAUCCUAUAUUUGAUUUCUUGUUUGAUCUUAAAUCUAAAGAGCACACAUAUUAUGUUUGGAGGCUAUACUCAUUUGCUCAGGGUGAUACUUUACAACGAUGGAGAACAGAACCAUACAUCAUGAUCACAGGAAGUGGAAGAUGGGUUCCACCUCCCUUGUCAUCCAACCGAAGCCCUGAACCGCAAUCUACAUUUGCUGCUGGUAGAAGCAGGCGUGUUGAAGUGGAGCGUACAUUGACUAACUCACAGCGUGAUGAAUUUGAGGACAUGCUGCGAGCUUUGACAUUAGAGAGGAGCCAAAUAAAAGACGCCAUGGGAUUUGCCUUGGAUAAUGCUGAUGCAGCUGGGGAGAUUGUUGAGGUUCUUACAGAAUCAUUGACACUCAAGGAGACGUCUAUUCCAACAAAGGUUGCUCGGCUUAUGCUGGUGUCUGACAUCCUUCAUAACAGUAGCGCACCUGUGAAGAAUGCAUCUGCAUUCCGAACGAAGUUUGAAGCUUCUUUGCCAGAUGUUAUGGAGAGCUUCAAUGACUUGUACCGCAGUAUCACUGGAAGGAUUACUGCUGAAGCUCUGAAGGAGAGGGUUAUGAAAGUUCUACAAGUUUGGGCAGACUGGUUCCUGUUUUCUGAUGCAUUUCUGAAUGGGCUGAGGGCUACUUUUCUUAGAUCAGGCAACUCUGGUGUCGUUCCGUUUCACUCGUUAUGCGGUGAUGCACCUGAAAUUGAAAAGAAAGGUAGCUCUGAGGAUGGAAAUGAUGGAUUUAAGCUUAAUGAAGAUGGUGCCUUGGCUACUGGAAAGGCAGCAGCAACAAAGGAGCUAUUAGGGCUCCCGCUAGCUGAACUUGAGCGCCGCUGUAGACAUAAUGGCCUCUCUCUGUGUGGUGGUAAAGAAAUGAUGGUCGCCAGGCUGCUUAACUUGGAAGAGGCUGAGAAAGAACGAGUAUAUGAGAAGGAUGUUGACAUGAAAUAUGUGCAGGGUGAACAGCAUACUAUUGGAAGUGGUGUGAAUGCUCAUAGUACUUCAAAAUUUGGUGAAAGUCCUAAUGGUGAUGAAUUAGAUGUCUCUCGGAACAAUAUGAGAGCUGGUAAAGGACGUUCUGGAGAAUCUGCUUCUGCCGAACUUGAAUCAUUUCCAAGCAAGAAGCCGAAAUAUGAUCCUGUUUUGCCAGCUUCUAAAUGGAGUCGAGAGGAUGACAUCAGUGACGAUGAAGAUAGAAAAGGUGGUCGAGGCUUGGGAUUAAGCUAUUCAUCUGGAAGCGAUAUUGCUGAUGAUCUUGGAAAGGUCGAUACAACAGAAGCUAGUACUGACCACACAAGUCAUCAUCAUGAUACGAUUGUUGAUGAAGAGCACAGGCAGAAGUUGAGGCAGAUUGAAAUUUCUGUCAUGCAGUACCGUGAAUCUCUUGAGGAGCAGGGUCUGCGUAACUUGGAUGAGAUUGAGAGGAAGGUUGCCAGCCAUCGAAGGCGGCUUCAGUCAGAAUACGGUUUAUCCACUUCAACUGAUGGUGCUAACAACAGGCGAUCUUCUGAAAGAACAUCAUCGGAGCGGAAAGAGAGGCAUGACGAUGCACAUGAUUACCCUAGGAAACGGCGUCGGAGCCAGAGUAGAAGCCGCAGCCCUCCAAGGAAGUCACAGGAGAGGGAUCGAGAGCACAAUCGCAGUAGAGACCGAUCGCAUGGCAACGAUGCCGGGAGGGAUAGGAUGUACCCGAUGUGUUAUGCUCAAAACCAAUGUUGGAUACACCCAGACCCAGAAUUGUCAGCAUCAGACAACCGAGAUCUUGCACGGCUUCCCUGGUGGGAGCUGGUUCGUGUAGAUCUUGCACGGCGUGCGAGUACUGUUGGAUUUCGUGGAUACACUGGUCUAAGUUGUCAAGUUCUUGAUCUGACCUUAUCAGUUUUGCUUAUAAGGAUGGGGGUUUACCUCAGCACUCCAAAAACUGAUAAGCUAUCUGAAAAUGGAGAAAAUGAUAGACUUAAGUUUGGUCUUUCAUCUAUGCAAGGAUGGCGAGCAACCAUGGAAGAUGCUCAUUCAGCAUUGCUAGAUCUUGAUAACGAGACAGCAUUCUUUGGUGUUUUUGAUGGUCAUGGAGGAAGAGUGGUUGCCAAAUUCUGUGCAAAAUAUCUGCAUGGUCAAGUUCUCAAAAGUGAAGCCUAUUCAGCUGGUGACCUAGGAGCUGCUGUCCAUAGAGCUUUCUUCAGAAUGGAUGAAAUGAUGCGAGGACAGAGAGGUUGGCGAGAACUAUCUGCACUUGGAGACAAAAUAAACAAGUUUAGUGGUAUGAUAGAAGGAUUGAUUUGGUCUCCAAGGGGCAGUGAUUCAAAUAGUCAACAAGAUGAUUGGGCUUCAGAGGAGGGACCUCACUCCGACUUUGCUGGGCCUACAUGUGGGAGUACUGCAUGUGUAGCACUAAUAAGAAACUCCCAACUUGUUGUGGCAAAUGCUGGUGAUUCCCGAUGUGUUAUUUCAAGGGGUGGAAAGGCAUACAAUCUAUCAAGGGACCACAAACCAGAGCUUGCGGUUGAGAGAGAAAGGAUAAUGAAAGCAGGGGGGUUCAUCCAUAUGGGACGAGUAAAUGGAAGUUUAAACUUGUCAAGAGCAAUUGGAGAUGUGGAAUUGAAACAGAACAAAUUCCUGCCUCCCGAGAAGCAAAUUGUGACAGCCAAUCCUGAUAUUAACGUUGUGGAGCUCUGCGAUGAUGAUGACUUUGUUGUUGUAGCAUGUGAUGGCAUUUGGGACUGCAUGUCAAGCCAACAGUUGGUGGAUUUCAUCCAUGAGCGUAUAAACAUCGAGAGCAGUCUAUCUGCCGUGUGUGAAAGAGUGCUUGACAGAUGCCUGGCUCCAUCAAUGAUCGCUGGAGAUGGGUGCGAUAACAUGACCAUGAUCCUGGUGCAGUUCAAAAAACCAGUCGAUCGGAACAAAAAGGCCGAAGUAGCAGGGCAAUCUGCCAACAAUGCAGAUGAAGUCAAGAGUCGUGGUGGAUCUUCAGAUCACAACCGUGUGCCCCGUCAUCCUCCGUUUAUCGCCCGUCGAGCAUUUCAGCUGCAGCUUUCGGUCAUCUACAGCCCUCGAAACUGCGGCAAAGGGUUGGCACAAAAUCCGAUUCCCGGACCUGACUCCGAAUACUCGAACCUGAAUUACCGGCUCGCUAUUUCGGAUUGUAAUAGAAUAAACAUAGAAGGUGCUUUAUGUUUGCCGUGUUCCACAAGGAAGAGAGCUAGUUAUAGACCUUUCCGAGUGUACAGUUUAUUUGGAGGGAAGAAGGAUAAAGAUGAGAACGGUGAUGAGGCGCCAUCAAAAGCAGGAAUUUUUGGUAAUAUGCAAAAUCUAUAUGAAACUGUUAAGAAGGCCCAAAUGGUUGUCCAAGUUGAGGCUGUCCGGGUGCAGAAGGAGCUUGCAGCGACUGAGAUUGAUGGUUAUUGUGAAGGUGAACUAAUCAAGGUUACACUUUCUGGAAACCAGCAACCUAUUAGAGUUGAAAUCACGGAAGCUGCAAUGGAGUUGGGUGCUGAAAAACUUUCCGAGUUGGUCAACGACGCUUACAAGGAUGCACAUCAACGGAGUGUCCAGGCCAUGAAAGAGAGGAUGGCUGACUUGGCACAGAGCUUAGGAAUGCCUGCGGGCCUUGGCGAUGGUCUCAAGUGA